AUGUACGACAUCAGCAAGAUUCGUAGAAAAGAAUAUCCUGACUUGAACAAAACAUGUUAUCUUGACUACGGUGGUGCCACGCCCUAUGCCAAAUCCCUUGUUGAUAUUUCAGCAAAGUUGUGGAAAUCGGAUCUGCUUGGUAACCCACACUCCAACUCUGCCUCUUCGUUACGCGCAACGGAAUAUGUGAAUCAGGCUCGCCGGCAAGUGCUUGAAUUUUUCCAUGCAGACCCGGAAGAUUUUGACGUUGUAUUCGUCGCCAAUGCUACAGCAGCAAUAAAGCUGGUUGCAUACUGUUUUCAGGAGAAGGGGUUUUGGUAUGGGUAUCAUACGGAUGCCCAUACGAGUCUUGUCGGUGUUCGAGAGCUGGCUGAUAAAGGGUUCUACUGCUUCUCUUCGGAUAAAGAGAUGAAUCAAUGGAUUGAAUCCCCCAAGUUAGGUGAAGAUGAUGAGCUCUAUCCUCCCGUUGAAGUCGGCCAAGAUACCAACGUCAAUGGACGUAUCAUAGACAAAGGAGUCAACAAGCUGGUUGGAUAUCCUGCCCAAUCUAACAUGAACGGUCAUCGUACACCAAAGCAAUGGGCAAAACGCUUGCGCCAGAAAAGUUACACCACCAGCGGAGGUCUAUACACUCUGCUGGACGCUGCUGCCUAUUGUUCCUCGGCGCAACUUGAUCUCUCUGACCCAGAUGCUGCGCCUGACUUUAUAAGCGUUAGUUUCUACAAGAUUUUUGGCAUGCCAGACCUGGGAGCGUUGAUAGUGCGUAAGAAAUCUAGCGAUAUUCUCACGUCUCGUCAGUAUUUUGGCGGUGGCACGGUUAAUAUGGUCACUGUAUCUGAUUACUUUCACGCCAAAAAGUCUGACCACAUACAUGAGGCUCUGGAGGAUGGAACCUUACCGUUCCACAACCUUGUAAUGCUCACUACCGGUAUUGUCCUACAUCGACGCCUAUUCCAUUCAAUGGACAAAAUAUCAAAGCAUGCCUCACAACUUGCGCUCCAGCUAUACACAGGCUUGUCGCAGCUACAACAUGCAAAUGGCCGAAUGGUAUGCAAGAUCUAUAAAGAUAAGAGCAGCACAUACGGGGACAGGGACACACAAGGACCGACUGUUGCAUUCGCGAUUUGCAAGGCAGAUGGCGCAUGGGUCCACUAUGACCAUGUGGAAGCGCUUGCUAGCGCGUGCAACAUCCAGAUCCGUACCGGCGGGGUGUGUAACCCUGGUGGUAUUGCAGAACAUCUAGAACUGGCUACAUGGGAGAUGAGACGCAACUAUUGCGAGGGUUAUCGUUGUGGCGAGCCUUUCAAAAUCCGCGGGGGAAAGCCAUCGGGUAUCGUCAGAGCAAGCCUGGGGGCAAUGUCUGACAAUCGUGACGUGGAGACCCUCGUUGCAUUUGUGAAGUAUUUCUUCACAGGGGGAAAUUCUCAACGAGACAUUGACAGCGUUCUUCGGAAAACUUUCGAGAAGGACCAGCGUCACUGGUCGGUGAAAAAAUUGCAAGUUUUCCCAAUACGGCAUUUAGCUUCAUGUGCUAUACCUAUUUCAUUCUCUUGGGAGCUAAAACAUUCUCGUUUGGCACUGGACGGCGAGUGGUGUCUCAUAGAUCUUGAGACAAGCGAAGUCCUAAGAGACGGCCGAAGAUCAAGUGAGCUAGUGGUGAUGAUCAACAAUGAACUAAGUCAACUACGUCUCGAAACAUCGAUCUCGAACCAGGUGUCUAGUUUUAAACUUGAUUUGUGGGAACUGCCCACAGGAAAGUGGAUUACAGAUUCUCUAGAGCAAACUUUACGUGGAACGUAUAGAUUGGCUCGAAGGUUUGUGUCAAAAGACCUUGAGGAGUUUCUGACCCUAGUCAUCGGACAGCCAACGACGCUUGCUCGGUACUUUGAGUUCAAAGGAGAACUCCCGGUCGAUGUCUGCAUUGAAAAGACCGACGCUCGCCUAUCCUCGGAAGGCGUAAUUGUUCAAUUCUCGGGCGAUGUCCCGCAGACCAAUGCACAUAUUCUGUUGAACUCAACGACAUCGACUCUGACUUCGAAUAAAGACCCACCACAACAGCUUCAAUUUGGCAACCAGUGUCUGUUUCGUUUGCCUUGGACUGAUGAUGGAAGUGCAGUGGCGCGUUACUGCCGUGUUCCGGAUGUUGCUGAAGACAUUUUCGCGCAGAAUACAGCAAUUAACCUCACAGACUUGGUUAUAGAGUCAAGGUCAGAUUCUAAAAAUGAUCAGCAAGUGGAUGGUCGAGAGUAUCAUUUCUGUCCAGUGACGGGCUGUGGCGCAAAAAACGUUGAUUAUUCCACCUUUCUGCAUCACCUGAAGGACCAUGCACGGCCAUUCAUAAAAUCCCGACAGAGAAGGUGCUGGUUUCGGUGA